AUGGCAGAUUAAAUUUCCAAAGAUGCUUGUUAUUGCACAGAAUCACCUUAAUACUUAAAUACUAACAAUAAGCUUAAUUUUAUCAAUCAUUAAUAAACCAUUUCUCACUUUGAUGCUCUUAAUACUAAUGCAAAUGAUUAAUUAACAGAAAAAAACAUCCAUAAUCAUAUUAAGAGGAUCUUCAAUAAACUAAUAAAAUAACUUCAUUCUCACAUAUUGAGCAAUUAGGAAAAGUUCCCACAUUAGUUCUAAGAAUAAUAGCAUCUGCAACUCUAGAAGAAAAUCAAAUUUUUGAGUUCCAACCAAAUCCUUAAUAAAUGUAAUUUAUUUUGGUUGUAAAUACAAAAACAAAAAAGGGGGAUAUUAAAUUAAUCAUUUUAAAAUCCCAUCUGUUGA